AUCGCCUCCGAUGCGCUCAGUUGCUAAGACAACUCUGGGCACUUGCAGGGAUCGUUCCUCUCUCCUCCGCCCGCCCGCUCGCCCUUCCCCUAGAUUCCAGCGGCCCGCGCGCUAGGCGGCAGGAGAGGACGCGCAGCAAUAAGCAGGGGAAGCGGGCUCUUGGGUUUCCUCCGAUAGGACAAGAGGCGGGAAAGCGAAGAACCUUCCCGCGCGCAGUUCUGUUCUAUAACCCCAUCCUCUAGCUAGCAAGAGGCUGGUGGCCGGAUUACAUUACUUCCCGCGCAAUUUUAUAGCUUCACUUUAGGCGAACGUGCGCGCACGCUUUAAAAGGGAAAAUGCAAUUCAAGCAUACGCAUGAGAUUGCAAAAGAAAAGGAAAAAAAGAGGGGGGAAAGUUUGCCCUAUCCUUUUCUCCCGUGGCUCGCAGGUGCCUAGAACUCCCUCGGGCUGCUUGCAACUAACCCGAAGAAGAGAGCGCGAGCUGCAGCGGCGUGCGCGUCUGAGUGAGGCGCUGAGGCGGCUCCUGUUGUCUUUAACAACCUCCCCACGGGCAGAAAUCCAGCAAGCGACACGUUCCUCAGUACGGCUGCCUCGCGCUGGGAAAAGCUCUUCACCUGUUGAAUUUCUGUCGCGCGGCCGUUCAAAGGCGCCGGAGAGGCGCGUCAUGCCAGCUGCUGCCUGAGUCCUUUCCCGCAUGGCGCGCGACGGGAUGGGUCUCCGCCGAGCGCCCGGAGCGCAGCAUGCCCGCCCCGCUGCUCGCCCUCCUGCUUCUGCGCACCCUGCUGACUCGCCUGCUGCUGGUGGCUCGCCAGCGCCUCCUGCCGCUGCUCCGGCGCCUGGGGGCCCGCCUGACUUCCCAGCAGUCCCGCGAGGCGCUCCUCACCUGCCUCCUCUGCGUCCUCAACCUGCGCAAGAAGGUGGACGACGCCUGAGGCGAG